AUGGAUCUUCAGAGAAGUGCCCAAAAAGAUAUACGGUGUGAACACUGUGAGACUGCUGUGAUACAGAGGCACUGUGAAUUAUGUCAUGUUAACUUAUGCAUAGCUUGUAUAGGAAAACAUGUUUCUGAUGACUACGACAAACAUAAAGUCGUUCCAUUCAAAGAACAGAAAUCAACCUUGAUCUUUCCAAAGUGUAUAACGCAUCGAACCAAAAAGUGUUAUUUACAGUGCUGGAAAUGCAACAUUCCCGUUUGUUCAUUAUGUCCGGCUACCAAAAAACACAAAAAGCACACUUUCUUUCCCCUUUCAGAAGUUUAUAAUCAGAAGAAAAAAUUCAUUUCAAACGAAAAGAAAGAAUUACAAGAUCUAUCCCCAACAUAUAAAGCAAUAGUGAAUGACGUAGAAAAGCAGAUUUCCAAUUUAGAUGGUGAUUAUGGGAAGCUUGCAGAUUUAGUGACAAAUCAUGGAAAUGAAUGGCACAGAGAAAUUGACAGAGUUACAAAGAAAAUGAAAAAUGAAUUUUAUGAGAUGAAAAGCAAACACCGGUGCCUUCUAAAAAAUAUUUGGAUAAAAUCAAACAGAUACAGUCUCGUAUUGAUCGAAAGCUGUGUACUCUGA